UCAUCAUCAGUCUCCUGAGAAUCCUUCUUUUUUCCUUUUCUGUCCAUUUUUUUUCCAUCAUCACUCAAACCCAGCCUGGUCGCCGGAGACAAUAUGUUUCGUUGCACCGGCGGCGUUUGUCUCUUACUUGUGCUGUUUGCUAUAGUUGCUGAGAGUCGGAAUCUCGAUGGCGAUGUGCUGAGGCUGCCGUCGGAAUUUCUCCGCGGCGGUGACAACGAAGAUGAUUCCGCCGGAACGAGAUGGGCCGUCCUCAUCGCUGGAUCUAACGGUUACUGGAAUUACAGGCAUCAGGCUGAUAUAUGCCACGCGUACCAACUCUUGAGGAAUGGUGGACUCAAAGAUGAAAAUAUCAUUGUUUUCAUGUAUGAUGACAUUGCUUUCAAUGAAGAGAACCCUAGGCCUGGUAUCAUCAUCAACCAUCCGCAUGGUGAUGAUGUCUAUGAAGGAGUUCCAAAGGAUUAUACUGGAGAAGAUGUCAAUGUUGGCAACUUUUUUGCCGUUCUUCUUGGAAACAGAACGGCUCUUACAGGGGGUAGUGGAAAGGUUGUGGAUAGUGGUCCCAAUGACCAUAUUUUCAUAUACUAUUCUGACCAUGGUGGUCCUGGGGUGCUUGGCAUGCCAACCAGUCCGUACUUGUAUGCCGAUGAUUUGAUUGAUGUAUUAAAGAAAAAAUAUGCUUCAGGAACUUAUAGAAGCCUGGUGUUUUAUCUUGAAGCUUGUGAGUCUGGGAGUAUUUUUGAAGGUCUCCUUCCAGAAGGUUUAAAUAUCUAUGCAACUACAGCAUCAAAUGCAGAUGAGAGCAGUUGGGGAACAUACUGUCCUGGAGAAUUUACAGACCCUCCUCCCCCAGAAUAUGAGACCUGUUUGGGGGACUUGUAUAGUGUUGCUUGGAUGGAAGACAGUGAGGUACACAAUCUGCGGACGGAAAGUUUGAGGCAGCAGUAUCAACUGGUUAAAAGGAGGACUUCAAGUGGAAAUUCUGCUUUUGGCUCACAUGUGAUGCAAUAUGGGGACUUAAGACUUAGCAGUGCAGAGCUAUUCUUGUAUAUGGGAACCAAUCCUGCAAAUGAUAACUAUACUUUCAUUGAUGAGAAUAAGUUGCCAUCAUCUAUCCAGACUGUUAAUCAACGUGAUGCAGAUCUCCUCCAUUUCUGGCACAAGUUCCGGAAAGCUCCCGAAGGCUCACCUAAGAAAUUCAAAGCUCAAAAGCAGUUCCUGGAUAUGAUGUCCCACAGGAUGCACAUAGACCACAGCAUGAUGCUCAUCGGGAAGCUUUUGUUUGGAUAUGAGAAAGGUCCUGAAGUGCUGAAGACUGUUCGGCCUGCAGGGCAGCCUCUGGUAGAUGACUGGGAUUGCCUUAAGACUAUGGUGAGAGCAUUUGAGACACACUGUGGAUCUCUAUCUCAGUAUGGGAUGAAACACAUGCGUUCCCUUGCCAACAUCUGUAACGCUGGUGUUACAAAGGAAAUGAUGGCUGGGGCCUCGUCUCAAGCUUGCACCAGCAUUCCCAUCAAUUCUUGGAGCUCCCUUAGUAAGGGAUUUAGCGCCUGAUAAGAUGAUGACAUGGUACCAACCAUAGAGGAGGAGAGCAUUGUUAGCUGCUGCCUCAUAAUUAUAUAUUGGUGGCAGCCCUCAAUAUACAUGUACAUAUUUUAGUAUUGGAAUUGGAAUUGUCUAUGUAUCUCUCUCCUCCUAUUCCCCCUGGUUAAUGGUUAUAGACUUAUGGUUGUUCCGUUCUAUUCCUAACUUAGAGGCAUUAUCUAUAAAUGUAGAUAAAUCUGUGUAUAAAUGGAAUUGUAUAUGUUUAUAUGUAAUGAAAUGUCAUGGUGCUUGCAAAUUACUUAGCAGGCGUUGUUUGGUUGCUA